AUGAUUCGCACAACACAGUCAUUACAGUGUAUGAUUCAUCUAAAAAGAGAUUACAACAUUACAGGAGUUAUUACUCAGGGUAGAAAUGGAUGUUGUCCACAGUGGGUAACACAGUAUAGGAUAUUGUAUGGAAAUGAUUGUAAAAACUUAAAAGUUUUAGACAGUGGUAAUGGCACUAAAUUCAGCGGAAAUUCAGAUCAAGACACCAUGGCUACCAACAUGUUUAAAUUUCCUGUCACUGCUAAGUGCAUUCGUAUUUUACCCACGGAUUGGAAUAGCCAGAUUUCCAUGCGAGUUGAAAUCCUUGGUUGCCCCUUAAUGACAACAAUGUCGCCAUCUACUACUUCCAGCCUUACAACAGUUUCUCCAUCAACUACAGGACAACAUAAUAUAAAAGAUAAAGGCAGUGUUCUGGUCAGUUAUCAGCCAAACAGGGCAUUUCUUAAUUCGCAGGAAGAAACAAAUAAAACAACUAUAAGAUAUAUGGGAGGAUGGAGCCCAGCGAAAUCAGACGCUAAGCCGUAUAUUCAGGUAGAAUUUUCAGAUCCGACCAUUAUUACAGGAUUAGUUACUCAAGGAAAAAAUGGUUGCUGCAAUAAAUGGGUAACAAAGUACAAAAUAUCCUACAGUACAGACUGUAAAACAUGGAUUGUUUCUGGUGGAGGCUCUGGUCAGAUCUUUAAAGCUAACACAGACAGCGAUACACCUGUCACUAACAUUUUACUCUGUCCUACUGCUGUCAAAUGUCUUAGAAUACAUCCAGAAGAAUCGAAUAACGAGAUAGGGAUGAGGUUUGAAUUAAUUGGAUGUCAAAUUCAAAAUGGAGGCAUUUCGGCCAGUUAUGUUACACCAUCUGUUACGCAGGGCAAUCAAGUGACAGUUCCGCCCACAAGUCCAUCAACACAAGCAAUUAGUUCGGCAGUACAUAGUGUAUCUGUGAAUCAACAACAAGUUUCAGGUUUAUAA